CGGGGGAUCUAGCUUGUGCCCUUGUGAAUUCUCUACCAUGCCAAGCGAAUAUUCGCUUUGCAAGGAAGAUUUGUUUCUACCUGGAAGAGAAAGGAAGACCGAGAAAGUAUGGGAUGUGCGAUGGCAUGCUUCUGGCAUCAUUCUUGUCCGUCGUCAUGCUAUUGUGCUUUCUUUAACCACUGGGCUGAUGGCCUUUUGCCAUUAUGGCCACUUAGUAUCCAAGGCAACCAGCAUCGGUAUGCUUGGAUGACUAGAGACACAUGAGCAGCUCGAUGGUGAUCAGUGGCUAUCUAGGUAACUAGGGGGUAUGGGUAGAGAGACCAUGGAAAAGCAGCUUGAAAUGAGAGUUCACAAAACUGGACUAAAGACGUGGAACUAAAGACGUGAAACGUGCAUAUGAGGGCUGGUUCCUCCAUUCUCAUCCAGACUCUGGCAGAGCUUCGUUACUGGCUCUCCAUUGCGCCUCACUGUUCAAAUCUCCCGGACUGUUUUCUUGUCUGCUCAAGCCCAGCGAAUCGAGAU